UUCAUUGAUUGGCUACGUCUGAUCCUGUGAGUGCGCUUGUGUACUGUUAGUAAUGGAGAACAAAUCCUCUUCGGGGUAAAAUCGGAAUUAAGUGCUAUCGAUAUCAAGUCACCAAUUGCGCAAGAUUUAUCAGUGUUGAUCUGCAGGGCUUGCUAUUUAGUAUGUCGUCUGAUUCGGGGUCCCAGACUCCUGGCUCCAAGGGGAUCAUGACCUUUCACCCCACUGCUGAGGAGUUCCAGAACUUCAGCCGCUACAUUGCCUACAUGGAGUAUCAGGGAGCACAUCAAGCCGGCUUGGCUAAAGUCGUGCCACCAAAGGAUUGGAGGCCCAGGAAGUCCUAUGACGAUAUAGAUGACCUGGUGAUCCCAGCUCCCAUCCAGCAGGUAGUGACGGGCCAGUCAGGCCUGUUUACCCAGUCCAACAUCCAGAAGAAGCCCAUGACCGUCCGAGAGUUCCGUAAGACGGCCAACAGUGACAAGUUCUGCAGUCCUCGCUACGCCGACAUUGAGGAGCUGGAGAGGAAGUACUGGAAGAGCGUGACCUUUAACUCGCCCAUCUACGGUGCAGAUGUGAACGGAACACUUUACGACCCUGAUGUGACUGAUUGGAAUAUCGGCAAACUGAACACCAUCCUGGACACGGUGGAGCAUGCGAAUGGCAUCACCAUCGAGGGGGUGAACACGCCCUACCUGUACUUUGGCAUGUGGAAGACCACCUUCGCCUGGCACACUGAAGACAUGGAUCUCUACAGUAUCAACUACCUCCACUUUGGAGCGUCCAAGUCCUGGUACUGUGUUCCUCCAGAGCAGGGGAAAAAAAUGGAGCGUUUGGCUCAAGGGUUUUUUCCUGGUAGCCACCAAAAUUGCGAAGCCUUCCUGAGGCACAAGAUGACCCUCAUCUCGCCCUCCAUAUUAAGGAAAUAUGGCAUUCCAUUUGAGAAGAUCACUCAGGAGCCCGGUGAGUUCAUGGUGACAUUUCCCUAUAGCUACCAUGCCGGAUUCAACCAUGGCUUCAACUGUGCCGAGUCCACCAACUUUGCCACCGAAAGGUGGAUUGAGUAUGGAAAGCAAGCCAUGCUGUGUACGUGCAGGAAGGACACUGUGAAGAUCUCCAUGGAUCUGUUCGUGAAGAAGUACCAGCCAGACCGCUACGAGCAGUGGCUCGCGGGACGGGACACGGGCCCCAUCGACCACUCACGGCCCACCCCAGAGGCCAAGGAGUUCCUGGGGGAGGAGCAGGGGAAAGACUGCAUUUCCCAGGAGCCAGAGGUGGAGAGAAAGAGCCCAACACUGAGGAUAGGGACCAAGAGGCACUGGGUGUGUCUGGAUGUACCUGACAAGGUGGUCCCUAAAGAUGAAGAAGAGGAGUAUGACAAGAAGGCCAGACUAGGCCUCACCGCUCUGGGCACGGGAGCAGAGAACUGCACAGAUACAGACACACCAGUGAAGCUCACCUCGAGGGAACUGCCUAAUUUAAAGACGGACCCUACGAAGGGCAACAGCAGCACAAGCCCGGCUCCACAAAAAGUUACCAUCCCCUCCACCAGCAAUCACGCAGCGACCAUUUUGGCUCAACCCCAGUCGCACAGAAACGGCCACCUCCCAGUAGUGGCUCCCCCGGCCAGGACCGGUCCUUCCGCUCAGCCUGUCCGAAAGCUGGGGGUGGCCAGCCUCCUCUUCCACAAGACCCAGAGCCCCAAGGAGACCAUGCAGGUCCACAGCUACGCCCGUGAGAACCAGCAGCCGAUUCACCACACCCAGCUCCACGUGCACAGUUAUGCCAGGGAGCACCUGCCACGGCACCUCCAACCCCACCUUCAACUCAAGGCCCAGCUCCAGUCCCAAGUCAAAGCCGGGCAGCAGGAGUCCCAGGUCCCAUUCACCAAAGAUGAGCAUAUCCAGGCUGAAGCACAGAGUCCCAGAAAGGGAGAACAGGUUGAAACAAAGGCCCAGACCCAAGGCCUCAGAAAGUGGCAGCAGCCAGGCGAGGCCCAGGCUCGGGAGGAGAAGUCCGAAGCUAAGGCCCCUAGCAGCCCGGAGCCUGUCCAAACCAACGCACAUACCAGGCCAACCAAGAGGGCAGAGGUCAAGAGGGACAGGUGGAAGCAAUGUCUUUCCCCAGUGCAGGCGGAGUUAACGUUAAUCAAGCAGACAAACUUAAACUUAAGUAAGCCGAUGAUUUUACAUCCAAGUAAACUGACUAACUUAAGUCCAAGUAAGCAGACGAACUGCAAGAGCGUGAAGAGCAAACAAUAUCCUCUCCUCCGCCAGCUGCCCAAACAGCACCCACUCCUCAGCUCCAGUGAAAGCCACAGUGAUAAUGAUGAGCUGUAUGUUGAUAUGAAGGAUGAACCAGAGGAGAGGGAGGAGUGGGCCAAGCCCCUGGCCCAGCUGUGGCAGAGCCGACCUUACAACCCCCAGGCGGAGAGAUCGUACAACCAGCGCAUGGGCCUGCAGGCCCCCUACUGCUCCAUCUGCCUGCUCUUCCACACAUACGACCAGUCGCAGCCGAGCAGCAAUCCCAGCUACACUGUAAAAGGCCGGCGCGGGGGCAGACAGAGGUCCAAGCCCCUGAUCCCGGAGAUGUGUUUCAGCACCACCAGUGACAAGACCAACAGCAGCAGCAGCAGCGGCGAGGGCCAACUCUACACCCCUCACCUGGAGGAGGACGGCACCAGCCUGCUGGUCAGCUGUUCCCAGUGCUGCGUCCGCGUCCACGCCAGUUGCUAUGGAGUGUCUGUUGACCAAGUGUCAGACGAUUGGAUGUGUGCUCGCUGUGAAGCCAACGCUUUGACUGAGGACUGCUGCCUGUGUUCACUGCGAGGGGGAGCUCUACAGAGAGCCAACAACGACAAGUGGGUGCACGUGCUGUGUUCGCUCGUGGUCCUGGAGGCGCGCUUCGUGAGCAUCGCCGACCGCAGUCCCGUGGACCUCAGUUACAUCCCUCUGGCCAGGUUCCAGCUGAAGUGUUUCUACUGUAAGCGCCGGGUGAAGAGGGAUGUUGGCUGCUGUGUUCAGUGUUCCCAUGGCCGCUGCACCACUGCCUUCCACCCCACCUGCGCCCAGGCUGCUGGCCAGCUCAUGCAGCCUGACGACUGGCCCUUCAUCGUCCACGUCACCUGCUACAGGCACAAGUCACCCGUCCUACCAGAGCGUAAUAAGGCGGCCAUGCAAGAGCUUGAGGUCGGCCAGCAGGUUAUCUGUAAGCAUAAAAAUGGGCGCUACUACCAGUGUGAGGUGCUGGAGCUGCUGACCACCGCCACCUUCUACGAGGUCGUCUUCGAUGACGGCUCCUACAGUGACAACCUCCUUCCCGAGGACAUCGAGAACCGGGACUGUGUCAAGCUGGGCCCUCCAGCAGUGGGCGACGUGGUGCAGGUGCGCUGGACGGACAAUCUGCUGUACGGGGCCAAGUUUGUCGCAUCGCACUCCAUCCUUAUGUACCAGAUGGAGUUUGAGGACGGGUCGUCGUUGUCUGCCAAGAGGGAAGAUGUCUACAGUCUAGAUGAGGAGCUGCCCAAACGAGUCAAGUCCCGAAUGUCCAAGGCGUCAGACAUGCGCUUCGAUGGGAUUUUCACAGAGGAGGAGGUUAAGCAGGGCUCCAAGAGACAGCGAGUCAUCAACUCCCGUUACAGAGAGGACUACAUCGAGCCUCUCCUAUACAGAGUUAUGAUGGAGUAACCCUCCUCUACUUUAUGAACUCUCCACACACCCAGAGAGGGGGGCAUCUUUGGGGCACCCACAGCCUGGACAAGUGGCUCCAACCCUGGGUACUAUUCGGAACAAACUCCCUCUCUGGGUGUGUAAGGCUUCCAUGCCCCUGGGGCAUUUUUUUUAAACCACGGCUGGGAUUUUAGGGGAGUUUCGGUUCUUUAUGAAACUCCCCUAUUUCUGUGAAUUGUUUCUUCUUCCUUCACUGUCUGUUAAUGACGAUAGGAACAUGCUGGGCAUUUCAGUAUAAUCAUACUCUCAUCUGACAACUUGCUUGAGUCGGCAUUCUAAUCUCUAGCUUUACCCAUCCAAAAGCAUUCAUUUGACAUUUUUACAUAAAACACGAAAGAUGGUAUUUCACAGUGCCAGCCAUUAUUCAAUAUGAUUUUCAAUAACAUGCUGUUAACUGUGAUUACAAAAAAUCUGAAGUGCUUUAUGUGCUUUGCAAUGCAUUUUAUGGACUUCAUAUUAUCUCCAAUAGGAAUGUGCAGGUUUGAUUGUGUCUGUGACAAUAGGAAUAUCUCAGUUAGCAGGCCAAGCCUCAAGGCCAGUGUUUUCUUGUUGGGUUCAGUUUUACAACUUUAAAGCUUUGGAUUUAUUGCAUUUAUAUUUGUCAGUUGUGCAAGUUUGAGAACAACUGUUUUACCACAGCUCACUGCGCUUACAAUCUCAAAAAAUCCCCAAGAUGUAUUUAUAUUUAUGUGGAUAGGUGUUUGGGUGCACAUUUGUUCUCGUUUCUUGCAUUGUUAAUUGUUUUAAAUUUUAUUGCCAUCCCAUGUUGAAUUGGUAGUAUGUAUAUGCCAAGGUUAGUCAAGUUACUCAUUCUGCUAAAAAGCACUUAUUAACCCCCCCUGUUAAGUCCAACUACAUUAUUACUAUCUGAAAGUUCCAAAAACGUUGUGUCCUGCUGAUGUGCACCUGGUCAAUUACAGCCUAGGUGUAGACUAGUUGGUGUGUGGUCUUAUCACAACCAAGGAUGCCAGAAUGUUUUUUUUUGGACAGGGGAAAAUAUAUUUUCUAAUCAUUUGAAGAAUGUUUAUCCUUCUCAUGCUUUGUCGACGUUCCUUGUUGACAUGAAUCGUUGGUAUUUGGGUAGUGUUGUGUAUAUGUAGCUCAUUUAAAGUAUCUCAGGAGGACUCACACACCCUUACCACCUCACUCAAGUUUUGUUGCCAUGGCUACUGUCUGAAGCGUUUGGAGUCAUGUGCAUUACAUUUGAAAACAUCAACUGUUGCAGUAAAGACCGGGGAAAAAAAGCUUUGUCUCUCGUUUUCUGUCACCUUAUCUCAAACAUCCUGUCAGACAUACUUCACUUGAAUAAGGUCCGAUAGCUUUUUUUUCUUGAGCGGAUGUUCAGGGGGCCUGGAACAUAUUUACAAAUAACUUGUAGACCACAAGAAGCCCAGAUAUAAUAUCUGCCUAAAACAAUCAUAUCAAACCUUGCUUACAUGUUGUAUACAAUCAGGUCACUACUAUGCAUGGGAAUACUUUG